ACCAUCACCCCGACCAUAUCUUGAACGAUCCCCAGCCAUGUCCGUCGAGAGCCCGCCUCAGGCGCCGUCGUUCGGCCACCCAGGCCAGCACGACAUCAUCUCCGAGAUUUUCAACCUCGACCUCUUUGCCCCAGCAACCCAGAACGACUCCCAUCCGUCCAGCGCCUCAAACGACUCCUCCCCGCAGUCCCAGUACUCCCACCUCGCCACCCCCAGCCCCAUCAACGACCCGCUGCACACCUUCCCCCAGACGCACCCGGGCGAGUGGGACUUCUCGUCCAUGUUUGGUGGCGAUCAAAUGAAAGACGACAUUUUCGGCAGCGGGUCCGCCGUCUUGUCAGCCUUCGAGCCAUCCCCUAUGGUCGACGCCAACUACGCCCAGCCUACUAUGGGCAUUGAUCCGCAACUCAUGGAGUCACCUACUGCAGAGACGGACGAGAGCCCCGAACCCGCUACAGCUGAAGAGCAGCAGUCGUCGCCGCCGGAGCCACAGCCGGCCCCAAAGACCGAGGAGAAGAUCAUGCUCACGAUUCAACCUGUAAAGGCCGCCGGACAUGGCUCCAAGCGCCAGGGUACCGUCGCAAGUGGCGGUAUUACCAAGACGCGCGCGUCUCGCAAGGCGCCUCCCCCUUCCCCCGUAGUUCAUCGCGCGCCGUCUCCGACACCUUCCGACGAUAUGAUGGGUGAGGAGGAUUGGCGUCCGUCGCCCGAGGUACUUGCGAAGAUGUCAAGCAAGGAGAAGAGGCAGCUGCGCAACAAGAUCAGCGCCAGGAACUUCCGUAUUCGUCGCAAGGAGUACAUCACCCAUCUUGAGUUUGACAUUGCCGAGCGCGAUCGUUUGCUCGACGCCAUCCGCACAGAUCUCACGAGCACGCAGAGUGAGAAUCAAGCGCUGCGGAAGGAAGUCGAGGCGUUGAAGCAGGCGCUCCUCGCUGGUCGCUCUGGUGCGGUCGAACUCCCGCCUCCGAAGGAACUCGUCAGCGUGCAGGAGAUGAUGGAGGCUACAUCUGGCAAUAACGCUCGCCCCUCCACUCCGCCCUCCUCGAGUGACGACAACCUCGUCAAGCCCAAUACUCAGAAGGACCUCAGCCCGAACGCCAACUCUGCCUUCUGGGGCGGCUGGGGUAUGGGCGGUGGUGUCACACCUGUGCACACUGUCCUCGUCCCGUCGCCGUUUGAGAAGGACGCGCAGCGUAAGGAUUUGCAGGAGAACAUCAACCCGGCGAUGAACGAGAACCUGAACCCGAACCUCAACGCGCGGGUCAGCGAUAUCGCCCCCAAGGCGGGCUUCGACGGCUUCGCCGACCGGGAGAUGUUCACGAUGAAGUCUUUGGAUGCGUACCGCAUGCACCUCUGGUCGAAGAUGGCUGCGAGCCACCCGCAACAGCAGCGCCCCACGACGCCUUACUCCCCCUCUUCGUCGCACACCUCGCCAUCUCCGCCUUCAUCUCCCUCGCCCUUCUACACCGGCCCCGCCGCGAACCACAGCCCCUAUUUGUCCGGCCUUGCCGGUGCGCUGCGUCCAGCAUACUUCAAGGCCCCGGUUACCUCGCCCUCUCUCAGCAGUCUCUUGUCCGGCAAGCACUCGGGCUCGGGUCUUUCGUCGAUGUCGUCGCUCGCGGCUGCGCUGCCGACACCGAAGGAGGAGCGCGCGAAACUGCCCAGCGCCCACGAGGAGAAGCAGCACAAGGAGGCUGCCGCCGCGGCGAUGGUCGCGUCGCAGACGGUGCUUGGAAAGCUCGGGAGUGCGUUCUGGGACGCGUUCUCAGGAUCGAAUUCGGGCAGUGCGUCGUCGUCACACGGUGCGUCUCUCGACAGCGACAAGGUCCGCCGCGUUCUGGAGGGCAAGGCCGUGCUCAAGGUUGUCGAUGUGGAUACGGCACCGACGCAGGCGCCGAAGUCGCCGUCGCCGUCCAUGGCCUCAUUGAAGUCCAGCACGAGCGCGCUGAAGCCCAUCCGCCCGACGAUCCGGGAGAAGCGCUCGUCAGAGAAGUGUGCGUCGACGAUGUCGAUGACGGAUAUGCUCGAGGAGAGUAUGCGCAGUCUCAGCUUGGGUCGGAGGGCGUAAGAUGUUGGUUCUCAAUCCAUCAUCUACCGCCCAGCGUGGCGAGCGCCGGAGUGUCGCCAGCUGUUUCUUGUUGCAUCGUUCAUCAAUCGUCCAUUCACUCAUCCACCUACAUAUACGCACUACUCCAUCCACUUUGUCUCCCCGUCUCGGAUUCUGUCACAUCGUCUCUCACCCUGAAGCAUACUUUCACCUACCUACCUAUCCUUGCGGUUCCCGUUGGUGUUGUCGGCCUUGUUUCCUCCUCUUUAUUUAUUCUUGGCCACAUCCACCCCACUCCAACAAACAAACCGAACCAAUCCACAAAGCGUCACUGCUGCCAGCAUCACCAUCGCCACCGCGGACUCGAUUGUUUUUCCUGUGCGCCAUAGCCAUACCACUGUCCUUACCUCGCGGUCUGUUCGUUCGUUGGGGCGUUGUCGCCCCGCCUUCGAGCUCGACCAUCGAGCCGAGACGAACGCAUCAUGACCGGCGUUGUGAACCUUUUCCCUUCGUCCUUCCCCAUCCUCGUUGUGAAUUCUAGCUUUCUGUCUUCCUUACCUACCGCCUACAUAUAUACUUACUAGUGUCAUCGGUGCUCGAGUAAUAGUUCCAAGAGAAGUGUAACAUACAAAGUUCGUAGCAAUAAAGGUUUCUAUCAGUGACUGGUG